AUGUCGCCGCUGAGCAAUAAUUCCCUUUUCUUGGAAUAUCACCGGAAUCCACUGAACGAUUAUUUGGCUAGGGGCCUAAAUGUUUGCCUCAGUACGGACGAUCCCCUGCAGUUUCACUUCACAAAGGAACCCCUCAUGGAGGAGUACAGUAUCGCUGCUCAGGUCUGGAAACUAAGUGCCACCGAUAUGUGCGAGCUGGCUCGCAACAGUGUCCUCAUAAGCGGUUUUCCCGACUUUGUGAAGUCGCACUGGUUGGGUCUAAACUUUUGGGAGGAGGGCGUACGCGGCAACGACAUUACGCGUACCAACCUGCCCAAUAUUCGUGUCGCCUACCGUCACGAGACACUUACGGAGGAACUGCGCCUUCUAGUAUCAGCUGCACUGGAGGCCAGAGAACUCCAACCACGCUCAAUGCCAGCUGGGUCUCCUAUGCACCAGAAACAGGUGUAUCCGGAUAAACUGGUUCACCUUUCGCCUCAGCCACUGACUGACCUCACAGAGGAAGUCUAA